AUGGCCUGCUACGACCGCUGCGGCUCUUGCGGACCCACCCCGCUGGCUAACAGCUGCAACGAGCCCUGUGUCAGGCAGUGUGAGGCUUCCCGCGUUGUCAUCCAGCCUUCCACUGUCCAGGUCACCCUCCCAGGACCCAUCCUCACCUCCUUCCCCCAGAGCACCGCCGUCGGAUCCUCCGCAUCCGCUGCCGUGGGCAACGACCUCAGUGCCCUGGGAGUGCCCAUCAACUCCGGAUACGCCCUGGGCUACGGACUGGGAGGCCUGGGAGGCCUGGGAUGCGGCUACGGCCUGGGAGCUGGGCUGAAACGCAUCAAAGAUGAUGAAACCUUUCCUGAUGGAAAUCCCUUUGUGAGGGUCUGGAGGGGGAGCCGAGCGGCUCCGGCCGGUAAUGGCGGCGGGAAGGAGAGCGGCCGAGCCGAGUGCAGCCGAACGCAGCCGAAGGUCGAGAGGCUGGGAGCCGAACCGAGCCGAACACAGACGAAGGCCGAGCGGCUGGGAGCCGAACCGAGCCGAACACAGCCGAGCUCCGCCGAUCCCCACGGAACCGAACAGAGCCGAAGCCAGAACGAGCCGAAGCCCAAGUGA